AUGUCCUCCAUCUCACUCACUCUGCCUCAAUGGCCCCCUCUAAAUCCAAACCCAAAACCAGAUCAAUCUACUUCUCCAGUUCGUUUGAAGCUCCUCAUCGACAAAAAGCAUAAAAAAGUUCUCUUCGCCAAAGCUAGCAAGGAUUUUGUUGACUUUCUCUUCACCCUUCUGUCUCUACCCGUUGGCAUUGUGAUUAGGCUCCUCUCUAAGAAACGCAUGGUCGGUUGUUUAGGCAAACUCUACGGCAACUUAGAAAACCUAAACGACACAUACUUGCAACCCAACCUCAACAAGGAUGUCCUUCUAAAACCUAAGAAGCUACCAAUGGCAAUUGGUGGCUCCUAUCAACUUCUUCCUGCGUUGACUGACGGUGAAUCAAACGGUAAAAGGUUGUAG